UUCCUUUGGGCGGUAGAAAACCCGCAGACAGCCACAAUGAUGCCCCUCAACGUGAGCUUCGCCAGCAGGAACUAUGACCUCGACUACGACUCAGUGCAGCCCUAUUUCAUCUGGGACGAGGAAGAGAAUCUCUAUCACCAGCAACAGCAGUGCGAGCUGCAGCCGCCCGUGCCCAGUGAGGAUAUCUGGAAGAAAUUCGAGCUGCUGCCCACCCCGCCCCUGUCCGCCAGCCGCCGCUCCGGGCUCUGCUCUCCAUCCUAUGUUGCAGUCGCUACGUCCUUCUCCCCAAAGGAAGACACCGCCGAUCAGUUGGAGACCGAGCUGCUUGGAGAAGACAGGGUGAACCGGAGCUUCAUCUGCGAUCCUGACGACGAGACCUUCAUCAAGAACAUCAUCAUCCAGGACUGUAUGUGGAGCGGUUUCUCUGCCGCUGCCAAGCUGGUCUCGGAGAAGCUGGCCUCCUACCAGGCUUCGCGCAAAGACAGCGCCAGCCUGAGCCCCGUCCGCGGGCACAGCGUUUGCUCCACCUCCAGCCUGUACCUGCAGGACCUCGCCGCCGCCACGUCUGAGUGCAUUGACCCCUCGGUGGUCUUUCCCUACCCGCUCAACGACAGCAGCUCACCCAAAUCCUGUACCUCAACCGAUUCCACCGCCUUCUCUCCUUCCUCGGACUCGCUGCUGUCCUCCGAGUCCUCCCCACGGGCCAGCCCUGAGCCCCUAGUGCUGCAUGAGGAGACACCGCCCACCACCAACAUCGACUCUGAAGAAGAACAAGAAGAUGAGGAAGAAAUUGAUGUGAUGUCUGUGGAAAAGAGGCAAACCCCUGCCAAGAGGUCCGAGUCAGGGUCAUCCCCAUCAAGAGGCUAUAGCAAACCUCCACACAGCCCACUGGUCCUCAAGAGGUGCCAUGUCUCCACUCACCAGCACAAUUAUGCAGCGCCCCCCUCCACGAGGAAGGACUAUCCAGCUGCCAAGAAGGCCAAAUUGGACAGUGGCAGGGUCCUGAAACAGAUCAGCAACAACCGCAAAUGCUCCAGCCCCAGGUCCUCAGACGCGGAGGAAUACGACAAGAGGCACAAGAGGCGGACACACAACGUCUUGGAACGUCAGAGGAGGAAUGUGCUGAAGCGCAGCUUUUUUGCCCUGCGUGACCAGAUCCCUGAGUUGGAAAACAACGAAAAGGCCUCCAAGGUAGUUAUCCUCAAAAAAGCCACCGCCUACAUCCUGUCCAUUCAAGCAGAUGAACACAAGCUCAGCUCAGAAAAGGAUUUACUGAGGAAACGGCGAGAACAGUUGAAACACAAACUCGAACAGCUUCGAAACUCUGGUGCAUAAACUGACCUAAAGCGAGGAGGAGCUGGAAUCUCUCAUGAGAGUAAGGAGAACGGUUCCUUCUGACAGAACUGAUGCGCUGGACUUCAAAUGCAUGCUC